AUGAUGGUUGCUUCUGAACAAGUACCACUUUCGGAAACUUCUAGGACUCCGCAAAAUUAUCAAUUAGGAAAUGCCGAUGUUAAACAUAAUAAAAAUCUUAAUACAAUUGAAAUGCAAUUAUCAAAUAAUGUGAUUGGUCUAACAAAAGAACAACUCGAACAAUAUAGAAGUGAUCCAUUUUGGAAAACACUGAGAACAAUCCUAUUCAUUUUAUUUUGCUCCCUAUGGGUUUGUAUGUUUGCUGCAGCAUUCGUUAUUGUCAUAUUAAGCCCAAAAUGUAGUGCGAAAAAAGAACCCGAAUGGUGGCGUACAAAACUUAGUUAUCAGAUAUUCACACCAGCGUUCCGAGAUUCGGAUGGUGACGGUAUUGGAGAUUUCAAAGGUGUUGAAGAAAAAUUAGAAGAUAUACGUAAAAUUGGUGUGAAAAGUAUAUGGCUUAGCCCUGUUAUCACCACACAAAAAGAUGAUUUUCUUCCUUAUGAUAUUGUUGAUUCAAUACCGGAUGAACGCUUUGGUAAUGCAAAAGAUUUUAUCUCUUUAGUCGAGAAUGUACAUAAUCGUGGAAUGUACAUUGUCAUCGAUUUACCUAUCGCAACGACAUCAAAAUAUCAUGAAUGGUUUACGGAUGCAAUAAAAAAUGGAAAUUUCCACGAUUACUAUAUUUGGAAAUCAGCGAGUGAAAUCGAGUUGGACGAUGAUUUUGUCGUAUUAAAUGAAAGUGAUUCCAAGGAGAAACAAGCAUAUUUAAGUUAUAAUGGUCGUGAUCCAGUGCUUAAUUGGAACUACAAAGGAAUGGCUGAUAUUAUGAAAAAUUUUGCUAUAGAAUAUCUUAGUAUGGGUGUUGAUGGUUUCUAUUUGCCAUAUGUUCAUCAGUUGAAGAGAAAGGAUAAAAUAGAUCCAGAACAGCAAAAAGAGGCGCUAAACGCUCUCGAAGAAUUUAUUUCAUCGUUAGAAGGUUAUAUUAAUGCAACAGAAUCGAUAGGAAAUAAGGAGAUCGCUUUCUUCACGAGUGUGGACGAUAUGAAAAUUUUACAACCAAAUUUAACUAAUUCUUUAACUAAUCUUAAAUAUUUUAUCGAUGAUUCGAUUACAAAAUUAGACGAGCAGAAAUGCGCUGAUAAUAUAGGAAAAUGUAUUCACAAUUCUUUAUCGAAAUCAUUGGAUCGUUUUCAACAAUCGCAACUUCCAUACAUAUGGCAAUUUACAAAUCUACAUGUUUCUCGACUCACUUCACGUUUUGAUGUUGCAACAGGCAAUCUGUUAACAUUCAUACAGCUCGUAUUGCCGGGAGGAAUCGAGAUUUACUAUGGACAAGAACUUGGCUUAACUGAUACGAAUCGUAAAAAAGGAGGACAAACCGGAUUAAUGCAAUGGGAUAGUAGUAAAUUUGCUGGAUUUAGUCAGACGAAUGAUGCGCCAUUCUUUAUAACUACCGAUGAUUAUAAAGACGUUAAUUACGAGACUCAAUUAAAUGCUGAACGUUCAAUGCUAAAAACAUUUAAAAUUAUCAGUAAAAUUCGCGAACGAGAUGAAAGUUUGAUAAGCGCACCAAUGAAAUUAGCGCCUUAUUCGGAUGAUUUGAUUAUGUUUGCUAGAGUAAACCACGCUGAAGGAGCUGUCAUUGGAUCGGUUUGUGAAAUAUUGCAAAAAUUUGUUUACAUUGUGGUUGCUAAUUUCGGUAUAAAAGAGCAUCAAGCGAAUUUUACAAUUUUAGUACCAUCAGAAAAGUCAUCGAAUCAAAUUGAAAUUGUCGCUACCACGCCGAAUGUCGAGAAUUACUCAGCAAAACAAAAACUCGACAAUAGUGGAAAGAUUUUAUUAAACGCCAAACAAGGAAUAUUGCUUAAGAUUUAA